AUGGCUACGCCUUCCACAUCCCCCGAGACGCCCUCAACAAGUGCACCAAAAAAAUAUAACCUCCGCAAUCCUCUUCCGCUCUCCGCCCCCCAAGAACAAGAAGUGAAGCAGCUGUUUUAUAAGCGAGUACGGUCCUAUUGCGCACCCGAGAUCAAGGCAUUCGCCGAGUGUGCCGUUAACCGCACAGUCACUGCUACGUGGGUCUGUCGCCAGCAGCGUCUCGCAAUGAAUUCGUGCAUGCUCGCGCACGCAAAGCCAGAAGAAGAAGACCGUGCACGCGAAGAGUGGUUCGCCUCGUAUGAGGAACGGCGGCGCGCGCGCGAGGAAGAGCUUGCGCGUGUCGAGAAGCGGCGUGUGGAGGUUAUUCGCAUGAUGCGCGAGGACGAAGCGCGGAGGCGAGCGGAGGGCAAAUGA